GGAGUUGUAGUUGUUAAACUUAAAUUAGUUUGCAUUUAGAAACCUUGAAUAUUUUAAGGACUGUAAUGUUUAAACUAAAAUCAGAGUGUUGUGAAUUUUAUUCUAUUUAGUCGUUUGGUUUUUGGUCGCCUGUUCAGGUAAAGCUUCGUCGAUGCUGCCCUCUUGUGGCCACAUAAGGUAUGACAGGUAUCAACUUUCCUUCAAAUCUAAUAAUAUCUCCAGCUGGACCUUUACUGAAGCAACUUGUGACUGAGCUCAGCCCACAGAGGAAAGGCUUUCACUCUUAGAUCGCGUCAUACUUCGAGGAAAGACUGACCUGACGUGUUAUUGUACUCUGAAUACGUUUUAACCAAAGACUUUGCAGUAAACGGUGAGUGAAAAGGUGGAAUGUCAAAGCACACGUUCCCCUUCUCCUCCACCUCCCUGCGCUCGCUCAGACUGGAGCAGGAUUUUCAGGAGUGGGAAGAUGCCCGUCGAGCUUUGGCUCAGAGGAGAGCCAUAGUGAGUGCUCCUCUGCCUCGGGCCCCCAGACCUCCUCCUAGGCAGCAGCGUCUGCAAGAAGUUCGAGCCCCUCCGCCCCAGAGUCGCUGUAGGGACGCAGCCAUCCACAACACCUUCAUGUACGGAGACAUGAAGGGGGUGUAUGCGGUCCUGAAGGACCCGGGGAUGGUCAAUGCCCUGAUGGAGACGGUGCAUGAGGAGAUGGUGUGGAUCCCAGAAAUGGGUCUGUGGACUCUGACCUCCAAAGUGAAGCAGACCUCCGCUCUGCGCCUGGCUGCCGGCAGCGGACAUGCAGCCUGCGUGGAGGAGCUGCUGUUCCGGGGAGCAGAGGUGAACGCCGACCCUGGAGGCUGCGCGGCUCUCCACGACGCAUGCGCGGGCGGCCACUCUGUCUGCGUGCAGAUGCUGCUGUGUCAUGGAGCAGAUCCUGAGCUGCUGGCAGCGGACGGCAGCGCUCCUCUGCACCUCUGCUCCUCUGCGGAGUCGCUGCACUGUGCUCAGCUGCUGUUGGAAGGAGGCGCAGACGUCAACGUGAGGAUGAGGGAGUCCAGACUCACACCUCUGCACGCGGCUGCCCGCCGAGGCCUGGAGGGGCACGUGGAGCUCUUCCUCAGCCACGGCGCGGACGUUUCUGCCACCAACCGAGAGGGGGAGACCCCCCUGAAUGCCGCGUGCUCCGGAGCAGAGAGGCCGACUGAGGCCGGGAGGUUCCUCCGGGUGGUCCAGAAGCUGCUCGGUGCAGGAGCCGACCCCCGAACCGCCGGCAGGAAGCAGCACACACCUCUUCACAACGCCUGCGCCAACUGCUGCCCGAGGAUCGUAGAAGUCCUCCUGGAGCACGGAGCAAAGGCCGACACCCCCAACUCUGCAGGUUACACACCGAUGGACUGCCUGCUGCAGGUGGUGGAGGAUUACCAAAACCAGCAUCCAGAGGCCAUAGCUCGGUCUCUUUUGAACCACGGAGCUCCAUCUGUCCCACCAAAGAUGCUGAAACAGUGUCUCGUCUCUCCUGCCACCCUGGAGGUGCUGCUGAACUCCUACCCCAGCGUUCCUCCCUGUGAAUGGAUGGAGUCUCUCUCUGUUGAAGGGUGUGAGGAGCACCGGCCUUUCCUUGACCUGGCGCGUGGGCGCAGCGGUCAGCCUCGCUCCCUGCAGCAUCUCUGUCGCUGCGCGCUGCGUCAGCAUCUGGGAGCUGGCUUCCACGCGGGAAUCCAACAUCUGGACUUUCCCGGCUCCGUGAAGGAAUACCUGCUGCUGUGCAACGACGGGACUCUCCACUGAAUCUGCUUCCUCCACAUAUGUGGAAACUUUAUUAAAUAUUACUUUUUGAGGUCCAAACGAAUCA